GCUGCUGCAUAUAGUCGGUGGUGUUUCGCGCUCUGAAACGUUAAGAAGGUGUUUCAUGUGAAUGCGUGUGAAUUGUGCGUUUUUUUGUUUGUGACUAGAAAGAAGUUUAACUUUCAGCAUUCGAAAUAGGCACUUAAUUAAAUACUCAAAAACUCAAGUGUGUUCAAUAGGUGUUGUGAUACCGCAGCUGAUUAAAAAUUCGACGUCAAUAAAUAUAAAUUAUAAAACUUUACAUAUGUACAUAUGUAUGCGCAUAGUAAAAAUGUACAUAUGUUUGUGUGUGUGCAACUUGUGAACGUCACUUAGCGAAAUUCUGCCGUCAAGCGAAGUGUUUGUUGUAUGUAAAAUUAUAAAUAAUUUUCAAACAGAAGCAAUAAAGCAUUUAAUAAAGAAAUAUGAUGAAAGACAUCAUCAAUAUGCAUUAAAUUGUCCCGUUUAAUAAAGAGCAAUAAGUGAUUUAUGUAUGUCAGUGGGAAAUAUAGAAAAUUUCAAAGUGGAAAAUAAAUGAAAAAAUUGUGCAAAAUAAAAAAUAAUAAAGAAAUUAAAAAAAAAUUAAAAUAUUAUUUAAAUAUUAUAAUAAAGUGUGAAUUUUUUGAAAAUCGCCAAGAGCCACUAGAGAGGUGCGCCAAAACUGAUAUUACAGCAGUAGCUGCAUUUUCAUAAACUCAACUUUAACAGCAGCCGAAGCAGUCAUCAAUCUUUGGGUACAUAAUAUCUGGCAGUUUGGAUUAAGUUAUUGUAGAUCAAAAGAUCAGACGUAUAAUGUUUGCGCAGUAGCUGCAGCAGAUAAAUAUUAUUGUUUGGAAUUGUAUUGCAAGUGGGCUCUGUGCGGAGAAUUAAAAAAAAACGCGAUAAUUCAUUGUGUAUUUUGCAGACAUACGUGAGGACAGCAGAUGUUCUAGAAAUUGUGAGUAUUUUUUCUAGUGGCGUCAUGAGCCGCCAGCAUAUACAUAUUCGAGUGCUAUUACCUACACCACCCAGCGAGUUUUCCAUAAAACUGUCAGCAUGACGUAGCACUAAGUGCCCCAAACAAUUAUUGUGAAACAACACCAAUUUGGAUCGACUCCAAAUAUCGGCAAUACGACAUUGCACGAAUGAAACUGUGAUAGUGAGAGUGAUAAAAAAUAGACUUGAGACUGCAAUUGCAACUACAACAGCAACAAAAUGCAGUCAAAGCAAAUGCAACAAAUUGCACUUAUUGCCUGCAUAUUCCUGAUUUUUAUGCUCAAUUUGUUGCUGACGGCAGCAGCGGCCAAAGAAACUCUACCAACCUUAUAUGCAAAUAAGGAUUUGCAAGAAGAAAAUAUACUACAAGAACAUCAGAGGCAACAAACUAAGAAGCAACAACAGCAUCAUCAGCAGCAGCGACGGCGGCAGCAUCAUCGUCGACAUGCGCUGCACGAACGCGAAAAGCGUGAAGAGGAAUUGGGCGAAGUGUACGAAACGCAGCACAGAGCGAACCAAAAGCAUACACACCAACAACACCAACACCAGCACCAACAACAACACACGCGCCAACAUCAUCGUCAACAUCGCGGACACACACAAAACCCAGUCGUUGGGGGCUAUGCCGCCAGCUACCUGAGUGGUAGCAGCAGUCAUCCUUCAUCAUCAUCGUCGUCGUCGUCGCCCUCAGCACCAUCAUCAUCAUCAUCUUCUUCGUUCUACAAACGCUACUCACGUGACUCGUCGACAUUUCCAACACGUGAGCGCAAGCCAAACAUUAUUUUAAUACUCACCGACGAUCAGGAUGUCGAAUUGGGAUCGUUAAAUUUUAUGCCGCGCACUCUGCGUUGGCUGCGUGAUGGUGGCGCUGAAUUCCGUCACGCCUACACCACCACGCCUAUGUGUUGCCCAGCACGUUCAUCACUGCUGACCGGCAUGUACGUACACAAUCACAUGGUCUUCACCAACAACGACAACUGUUCGAGUCCCCAGUGGCAGGCCACGCAUGAGACGCGCUCCUUUGCCACAUAUCUCUCAAAUGCCGGCUAUCGUACGGGAUACUUUGGCAAGUACUUGAAUAAGUACAAUGGUUCGUAUAUACCGCCGGGUUGGCGUGAAUGGGGAGGUCUUAUUAUGAACUCGAAAUACUACAAUUAUAGCAUCAACAUGAAUGGGCAGAAAAUCAAGCAUGGUUUCGAUUAUGAGAAGGACUACUACCCCGAUUUGAUAGCGAAUGAUUCAAUAGCAUUUCUACGCUCCUCGAAACAACAAAACCAAAGAAAGCCUGUGAUGCUGACAAUGAGUUUUCCGGCUCCACACGGACCUGAAGACUCAGCGCCACAAUAUAGUCAUCUCUUCUUCAAUGUAACAACUCAUCACACACCUUCCUACGAUCAUGCGCCCAACCCCGAUAAGCAAUGGAUACUGCGCGUCACGCAACCCAUGGAACCAGUACAUAAACGUUUCACGAAUGUACUGAUGACGAAGCGGUUGCAAACGUUGCAAAGUGUAGAUGUCGCCGUGGAGCGUGUCUGCAAUGAGCUUAAAGCUUUGGAUGAGCUCGAUAAUACGUACAUCAUCUAUACCUCCGAUCACGGCUAUCACUUGGGUCAGUUCGGUUUGAUCAAAGGUAAAAGCUUUCCAUUUGAGUUUGAUGUGCGCGUACCUUUUCUGAUACGUGGACCAGGAAUCCAGCCAGCACGAGUUGUUGAUGAGAUCGUCUUAAAUGUCGAUUUGGCACCCACUUUCCUGGACAUUGGUGGCGUAACGACACCGCAGCAUAUGGAUGGGCGCAGCAUUUUACCGCUGCUUUUCAGUCGACAGCGUAAUGUGCGUGAUCAGUGGCCGGAUACGUUUUUGAUAGAGAGUUCAGGCCGACGCGAAACUCCUGAGCAAAUUGCCGAAUCACGUGCACGUCUGCAGAUAGAUCGGCUAAAUAUGAGGCUAGCGAAUAGCACUUUUAUUGAAGAGCUAGCAUCGUUUAACGCGAGUACAACAAGUAAUUCGUCAAGUCUAGAUGCAAUCGAUUUGGAUUCGCGUGAAGAGCUGGAGCUCGAAGGAGAGUUGGGCGCGGAAGCUGAGAAAGAGGCUAGAAUAGACGCAGAAAUAGAGGAUGAUGCUGAGGAUGAUCUUGACACAGAUACCGAUGAUGAUGUUUCGUCUGGGGUAUUAGAUGAAGAUAUUGAAGAUGAAUUAGAUGUGGACGAAGCUCAAGAAGAGGGUUUGGAUCAGGAACAGCAGGAUCAAUAUGAUAAUAAUUUACCGAUGGCGCCGUAUAUGACGAAAAUGAUGCGUUUGAAUUCGGAAUGCUCAGAUCCUGCUUUGCUGGAGAAUUGCCGACACGGACAGAAGUGGAAGUGUGUCAAUGAAGAUGGGCGAUGGCGUAAGCAUAAGUGCAAAUUUCAUUUGCAGCUUCAACAUCAUCUCGAAGAGAUAUCGAAAUUUACGAAAAAAGAAACGAAACGGAAUUGCGCUUGCUUCACACCAGAUGGCGUUGUCUAUACGAAGAUCAAAACCAAUCGCAAUUAUUUUGAAGGAGAUCGCAUUCGGAAGAGAACUCAAAAUCAAUCACGUUUUUCACGACGCAAUAAACGUUCUACGGAUGACCUUUCGGAUCCGAACGAAGUGUUUCACACAGAACUGCCCUAUGAGAUGGAAGAACUGCUUGAUCUACAAGACACACUUUCCUCUAUUGAGCACCACCUAAGUCAAUCAAAACGCGCCAAACGUGAACUAACCUCCAGCUUCUUCGAAACACCCACCACCAUCGACGCGAAUACAGCAGAUGGUGAGAAGACAGGCAACAAUUCAUCCAACGAUGCCAUAUCGAAGGUUAUACAGGAAAUACAAAAGACGCUCGAAACACUGGAAUUGAAAUUUAUUGCUCCAAAUGAUUUGCACCAACCCAACUAUACGACCACCUUGUCGGCAGCUGGCUUUGUGCGGGGCGGCAAGUUUCCCAAAGUGGGCGGUCGUGUGGGCACGCGUUGUUACAUUGAAUCACAAACGGGCAAGGUGAAUUGCUCCGAUGUAAUUUACGAUGAUGAGAAGACGUGGCGUAAGUCGCGCAAUCAAAUUGAUAUGCUAAUCAAAGUGCUCAAGGAUAAGAUAACACAUCUGAAGGAUAUUAAGAAGCAAAUGCGCGAGAGUAAACAACAGCAAUUGGGCCAACAACAACAGCAACAACUGCAUUACCACUCAGGUCGCUAUUGGGACAGAGACUAUGUACCACGCAGUGGCAGUAUUGAAAGCAGAAAUAAGGCGGAGGAGCAUGAAAAUGGUGAAGAGCUGUCUUACAAUAUUUCAGAUUACUCGGGUCGCAGACAAAAAGGACGUCGCCGCAAUGGCGGUGGCAGUGGCAUUCAUAAUAAUAAUUUCUACCAGCGUGGCGGCUACAACUACAAUCAUCACCCAUACCAACGGCAACAUUUGCCUGGUGGAGCUGGUGGUGGUGGCCGACGACGCUAUGAUAAGUCAAUGGGCGGACGCGAAUUCGAUAUGAACUACUUUGCGCAAAGACAUUUCGGUUUUGGCGUGACUGCCACGUACAGUAAUGAGAUUAACAAUGAAAGUGGCAGUGGGGCUGGAGUUGGUGGUUAUGGUGGUAAGAACUCGUACGGCAAAGGUCGCACGCAGGGGCAUAAUGGCAGUCUGAGUGGUGGACAAUCGCAGAUACAAAGGCGAAGGCGUCCACAAGUUCCAAAUGCAACUGUCGCGCAGGCAGUGGAUACAUUGAUUACAACAACAUCAUCGGCAACAACGCGUCCAACAACAGUGCGGCUAAUGAAUGGUAUAAAGAGUACAGCAACAACAAUCACUCGAGCAACAACAGCAACUAGAGAUGGUGUAACAUCUAGCAGUGGUGCAACGGCAACUAUAAAUGAAGCAGCAACAGCACCAGCCACAACAACAAAAACGCGUUUACUUUGGUCGACAACAAUUUCACCGUCAAAUAUCAGUCUUGCGCCCAGCAGCAGUGAAACCACCACAAAGGAGCCGCAUGAAGCUGAUGUGCUCAGUCCAGUAACGCUCAACAAUAUUGGGCAAAAGGAAAUUUUCACUGGCUUAGGCAACACACAACACGCCGAUCCAUUCCAGCAACAAAAAGGUCAACCUGCCGAAUGCUACUGCGAACCGGAUAUUGAGAGUUAUGCCGAUUCUAAAGAGGUUGCACGCGAAGCUCGUCGUAAGCUAAAGGAAGAGCGUCAGCGCAAAAAGGAACGGAAGCGAAUCAAGAAGGCCCGCUUAGAGAAGGAAUGUCUUUCGGAGAAGAUGAACUGCUUCUCGCACGACAACUCGCAUUGGCGUACAGCUCCACUUUGGAACGACAUACCUUUCUGUUUCUGCAUGAACGCCAACAACAACACGUACUCGUGUGUGCGCACAAUAAAUGCAACGCACAAUUAUUUAUAUUGCGAAUUCACCACUGGGCUAAUAACCUUCUAUAAUUUGAAAAUUGAUCCGUUUGAGACACAAAAUCGCGCCUCCUCAUUAACCAGCGAGGAAAAAUCAUAUUUGCAUGACACAUUGGAGAAGUUGAAGGGCUGUCGGGGCAAGAGCUGUGCAGUCAAACGACAUCCGUUGCAACAACGCCAGCAACAAAACGAUAGUGCGCUACGGCCACUGCCGCGUGGCUCAAAACGCAAACAAGGUCUUGCGCAAAGCACCUCAGCUGCCGGUUCAUUUGUUUCCAGCCGCCUCGACUAUGACGAGCCUCUGGCUAAACGAAGAAAACUAUCAAAGUGGUCGACACAUACAAAUUUGAAACGUAAACCUUGGAAACAACAACAUCAUUACCAUCAUCAACAUCAGCAGCAACCCUAUUACAGGCAGCAACAUAUGCGGCUACAGAGCACCAAUGUUGAGAGCGAGGCCGAAGAUGGGGCCAACGUGCAGAGACUCGGCAUGAUGGAGCGAGCGAAAACUUUGCGGCGUAAUCGUUUUCAACAAGAAAUAAAUAGCCAACAUGCACAGCAGCAGCAGCGGCAGCAGCAACAACAAGAAAGUAUUAGCAACAAAAGUGAUGACUUAGAGGAGAAAUUUGCUGCUAACAAAAUUGUGGCCACGGUGGGGGGUAGCGCAGAGUUGGGAGAGUCGCAAAGUUUCACAGAAGUUGUAGAUGCAGCAUCGCUUGAAGCGACAAUAGCAUCAACAACAAAAGCAACAGCAGCAACAGCAACAGCAGCCACAAUAACAAAUACAACACAAGCAGCAAUACUCACAGCAGCAAUAUAAAUGAUUAAAGCUAAAGUGUAAAGUAAAUAUAAAAAUAUAUAGGACUUACAUUUAAGCUUAUCCUCUGCAUAUCCCUACAAAAGUAUGAAGCUAUUUAUUUAUUAUAACUUAACUGUUUUCUCUAUCGUUUUGCAUAUCUUUGCUGUUUAAGCUGACGCAAUACUUGCAGCGGCUAAAGAAGAAAAAUGAUAGCGACGUUUAUUACAUAUAUAUGUCUGUAUGUACGUGCAAGUAUACGAGGGUCGUUGAAAAGUCCCUCGUCCAACGCUAUUCUAGUUUGUUGAUCCCUUCCGAAUAUUAGAAUUUGUGCAAUUCUGAAAGAUAGCCAUUGCUUUCUCCAAUCACCUCCUCAGAUUUUUCUUUUUGUUUUCAAUUAAAUUUUCACAAUUUGGAAACAAUUCUUAACGUUGAACGAUUCAUGAUGAUUUGCUAAACCUUACUGAGCAGAAAUAUCAACACAGCUAUCGAACUAUAGUUAUCGAUAUGGAUAGUUCUCAUGCAGCUAAAAAACACCCGAAAUAUAGGAAGCAAAAAGGUUAGAUGAGAUAUUGCGACGCCAUCUAUUAUGAUUUUCAUGGAUUUCUCAAGCUACCCUCGUACAUACAUACAUACGUACAUGUUGACAUGUAGUGAAGUUAACGAAAAGAUUUCUAGUUACAAAUUAAGGCUUCGGCUACACUUGAAACAAAAAAGGAAGAAAUGCGAAAGUGCAAGUGAUGUUAAGAAAAUCUAUACAUAAAUACAUAUAUAUCUACAUACAUAUAAAGUUCAAGUAAAAAUAAGCAUGCUUACGUAUAGUUGCGUGUGUAAGCGUAUAAUGUUUAGUUUUUUUUUUAAAUAAGACUGUUUUAGUAGAUUAACAUUGUAAUUAAGCCAAAACUAACUAAAUUAAUUGUACAUUAAAUGUUCACAAAUUUCUCUGCGAAGAGCAUAAACGCGCGAGCAGCUAUUGGCGUUGAAAAUGUUAUUAGUGAAAAAUAUUAAAAUAUUAAUAGGACUAUGAAUAAGUUCGUGCGGGUUUUUUUCGAA